AUGUCCGCCCCGCCAGUAGACUACUACGCCGCGCUCGAGGUCGACUCCAAAGCCACACAAGAGCAGGUCCGAGCAGCAUACAAGAAGCAAGCCCUACGACACCACCCCGAUCGCGUACCCGAAGGCUCGCCAGAACGCUCAACACGCACGAAGAAGUUCCAGCAGAUCAACGACGCCUACUACACCCUCUCAGACCCCACCCGCAGACGCGACUACGAUGUGAGCCGCAACCAAUUCCACGGCUUCGGCCAGAGCUCAGCGCAGGACCCAGAGGAAGAGAUACCGCGGCCGCAAGCGAAUAGCAUGCCCGGCGGCUUCCCGUGGUCAGCGUUUGGAUUUGGGGGGACUGCGAAGACGGAGGACGAUGCGAAUCGCUACAGCAACGAACAGUUCGGUGGCGUGUUUGAGGAGAUGAUGCGGGAGGAAGGACUGGCGGAGGACAACAACCAACCCACUGGCAAGUUCUGGAGUAUGAUUGGAGCGGUCAGUGGAGGCGCGAUGGGCUUUAUUGUUGCGAAUAUGCCGGGUGCCAUUGCGGGAGGCGUGGCGGGGAAUAGGCUGGGUGCGAUUCGGGAUAAGAGGGGCAAGAGUGUCUACUCGGUGUAUCAGGAGUUGGAGCAGCCGGAGAAGAUGCGGCUGCUGUCUGAGCUGGCGUCCAAGGUUUUUAGCCAUGCGUUGUCCUAA